AUGUUCUCGUGCGAUUUCGCCGCAAGGCUUGUAUUCACAUCCAAUUUGGAAGCAUUACUUUUCAGGUACUUGGAAAUCAAGCAGACUGAUAUGCCGCCGGCCGAAGCGGCGAGAAGAACUAAGGAAUUCAGAUGCCCUCCCAAAGAACAGAUGUUUCGUCUGCUGAAAUGUCGAGUUGCACCCGACACCAGUGUUGGUAUUAUGUUGGACGAUGAAGUCGAAUAUGAUCAAUGUCCCAUGGAUGAAACUCUUCAAGAACGCCUCAGGUGCACUCAUUUGUUAUGCUACGUUCCUUUCCUUGAGCGAAUGACUUUCAUUUCGAGACGUUCUCUCUUUGCUUAUCUUCCAGCAUUGCUAUUCGAUCACUUGUGCGACUUUUGA